AUGAAAAAAAUAUCAUAUAAUAAUAUAAUGGUAAGAGCUGCAUUUUUAAUAGUACUCGCUGUCGCGGCGUUGGCUGCUAAUCCUAAUUUACUACAGAGUAAGCAAGUAACAAAUCAGGCUUCAGUAAUUGCAAACGCUCUUAAUACUCCCCUCGUUAAAAAUACUACACCAGUAAAAGGCGGGUCACAAAGCUGCCAAGGUCCUGCUGGCCCUCAAGGCCCUCCUGGCCCACAAGGUCCACCAGGCCCUCCAGGCCCACAAGGUGAUCAAGGAUGCCCAGGACCACAAGGAGACCAAGGCGAUGAAGGAUGCCAAGGACCAAAAGGGCCUUGUGGACCUGCUGGCUGCCCAGGACCAAAAGGUCCUACUGGAUGUGUCGGAGAACAAGGACCUAAAGGAUGCACAGGACCAAGAGGCGAUAGAGGAUGCAAAGGAGUAGUUGUUAACGCAUGCGAAUUCUGUAAAUGGGAUGAAUAA